CCUCCAACCGCCCGGCGGUCCUCCAACUCACCGUGCCCUGCCCCCCGCGCCGUUAAACCCCUGUAAAGGGGGUAAAAAUCGCCUUUAAAUUACACACACACACCCCCCUAACAACGAGAGGGGAUCGGAGUUACCGCGGAGACAUCCCCUGCCUUCCCCCGCACCGGCGUCCGUCUCGGUGGUGGCCCCGGCGGAAGGGGCGCCGUGAGGGGAGAAGGAAGGGCGGGACUUGAGGAUCGGCGGACGGAGAGGAGGGGGGAGAGGAGAGGCAGGGAGAGAGAGAGAGAGAGAGCGGCGAGAUGGAGUUCCCAGGAGGCAGCGACAACUACCUGGCCAUCACCGGGGCCGCUCACCCCUUCCUCAGCGGGGCCGAGACGUUCCACACCCCCAGCCUGGGGGACGAGGAGUUCGAGAUCCCGCCCAUCCCGCUGGAGUCCGACCCCUCCCUGGCCGUGGUCGGGCACUUCGAGGACCUGGCCGAGCCGGGGGGGCCCCCAGAGCCCCCCUUUGCACCCCCCUACGGCGUGGGGGGGCUGGAGCUGCCCGUGGGGCUCCCCCCGGGCAUCAUCGAGCAGUCAGGGGGGCUGCUCAACAUGGAGCUGGAGCACCCGAUGGCGUCGCAGUUCGGGCGGCUCCCCGUGACCAUCGAGGUGCCCAUGGGCGCCCUGAGCCGGGGGCUGCUGGACCUGGGGGCCCUCACCACCAUCGACCAGUCCGAGCUCAGCUCCCAGCUGGGCCUCAGCCUGGGCGGCCCCGCCCCGGCCACGCCCGCCCCGGCCACGCCCGCCCAGGCCACGCCCGGCGCCGACCCUGAGCCCGCCCUGUCCCCGGGACCCUCCCCCCACGCUGCUGCCUCCCCACAGGACGACGAGGGAGACGAGUUCCGCAGGGUGAGACUCCUGAAUCGACCAGAUUACCCUGAAAUCGGCCCCAGUUACCCCAAAAUCAAUCCCAGUUACCACAAAAUCAACCGAAAUUACCCCAAAUUACCCCCCCCCCGCGGCCGCCGCCUCAUCGCCGUCCCCGCCCCUGCCGGCCCUCCCCAGCGGCGCGCGGCGGGCCGCCUCCCCGCGGAGCCGGCGCGGCGCCCCAAGCCCCCCAAGAAGGCGAAGAAGAAGAAGGACCCCAACGAGCCGCAGAAGCCGGUGUCGGCCUACGCCCUCUUCUUCAGGGACACCCAGGCCGCCAUCAAGGGCCAGAACCCCAACGCCACCUUCGGGGAGGUCUCCAAGAUCAUCGUCGCCUCCAUGUGGGACUCGCUGGGGGAGGAGCAGAAGCAGGUUUACAAGCGCAAGACGGAGGCGGCCAAGAAGGAAUAUCUGAAGGCGCUGACGGCCUAUCGGGCCACCCUGACGUCGUCGGAGCCCCCGAGCCGGAGCCCAGCCCCACUCCCCUCCCCCAACAACCCCUCAACUUUAUCCCUCUCCAACCUCGAAAUUCAUGAUUUCUGCUGCCAGGUGGAGUCCCCCCCCGGUGUGGAGGUGCUGGGGGGGUCCCCGGGGCGUGCGGGGUCCCCCCGGUGCCGCUGCGUCCGCGCCGGCUGCGCCAACGCCCCCGUGCCCAGCCCCGACUGGGACCUCGAGUUCUGCAGCAGCGACUGCGUCGUCAGGCACUGCCGGGACGUCUUCCUGGCCUGGCUCGCCGCCCGCAACGCCGGCAACAGCGUCGUCUUCGUCAAGUGACCCCCGGCACUGCUGGGGGUUUAGGGGGUCCCCUGAAGGAUUUUGGGGUCCCCCCCAGCAGAUUUCGGGGUCCCCCAAAGGAUUUUGGGGUUCCCCUUAGCAGAUUUCAAGGUCCCCUAAAAAAUUUCAGGGUCCCCCCCAGCAGAUUUUGGGGUCCCCCAAAGAAUUUCGGGGUCCCCCCCAGCAAAUUUCAGGGUCCCCCAAAGGAUUUCGGGGUUUCCCUUAGCAGAUUUUGGGGUCCCCCAAAGGAUUUCGGAGUCCCCCAAAGGAUUUAGGGGUUCCCCAAAGGAUUUCAGGGUCCCUCAAAUGAUUUUGGGGUCCCCCCCUGGCAGAUUUUGGGGUCUCACAGUGGAUUUCGGGGUCCCCCAAAGAAUUUUGGGGUCCUCCCCAGCAGAUUUUGGGGUCCCCCAAAGAAUUUUGGGGUCCCCCCCAGCAAAUUUCAGGGUCCCCCAAAGGAUUUCAGGGUCCCCCCCAGCAGAUUUCGGGGUCCCCCAAAGGAUUUUGGGGUCGCCCCCCGGCAAAUUUUGGGGUCUCACAGCAGAUUUCGAGGUCCCCCAAAUGAUUUUGGGGUCCCCUCCAGUAGAUUUUGGGGUCCCCCAAAUGAUUUCAGGGUUCCCCCCAGCGGAUUUCGGGGUCCCCCAAAUGAUUUCGGGGUCCCCCCCAAAGGAUUUUGGGGUCUCACAGCAGAUUUCGGGGUUCCCCAAAUGAUUUUGGGGUCCCCCUUAGCGGAUUUUGGGGUCUCACAGCGGAUUUUGGGGUCCCCCAAAGGAUUUUGGGGUCUCACAGCGGAU